GCCUUGUUCCACCAGCUCCCCAUGCCAUGCCAGCUUUGGACUGCACAUCUACGAGUUCACCAUCCCGAGAACACUACACGACUCCACGCCACGAUAUUGCCCUUAAACGGAUCAUAUUACCCUUUGUGAUUGCUCUGUUAAGGCGUUGGACUUGAGAUACCGAGGGUUGUUGCGAGAUUAGUACUUGUCAAGAUGGUAUGUGCUUGCCUGACUCUCUGGUGGGUUAAAGAGGGCAUCUUGCUAAUACGUGUUGGGCAACAGUCGGCACAGAACUCGGCGGGUAUUCAGACGCUGCUUGAUGUAUGUUCUUCUCUCCAGGACUGGACUCGGGAGGCGGAUGCGCGUGGGGUUUACGACAUACUGGAAUGGGGAGGGGCCGUUACGAGUUAGAUUGAGGACUGAUCACUGAUGUGCUGGUGUUGUAGGCUGAGAGAGAUGCUCAGAAGAUUGUUCAGACUGGUAGGCAUAUUGAAACUUGCUGAAACUAAUCGGAAGUUAUGCUAAUUUGUGAUUGCGGUGUAGCUAGAGAAUGUAAGACCUGCCACUCCAAUGCGACCCAACAACGAUACGAAUAUGCCGGCAUGGAGUUCAAGAAGGAAGCCCAUACUGAUCAUAAUGCCUCUGAAUAGACCGCACAAAGCGAGUAAAGGAAGCCCGAGACGAAGCCAAGAAGGAAAUCGACUCGUACAAGAAAUCCAAGGACGACGAAUUCAAGAGCUUCGAGGCCGAGGUACUACACACCGUUUCUUUCAUAUCAGCCUACCUUCUUCCUACCUACCAUAACAGAUCACCCCUCAAGGCCUCACCUGUAACAACAUACUGACCCAAACAUCGAAAUAGCACACAAGCGGCAACAAAAAAGCCGAAGAAGAAGCUUCGAAAGAUGCUGAGUCCAAGAUAAAAGAGAUCCAGGCAGCCGGGAAGAAGGGACAGGAUCAGGUGGUCACUGAUCUGUUGAAGGCGGUUUUUGAUGUUAAGCCUGUGGUUCCUGAUCGUAUCGAGGUUCCAAAAUAGGUUCUUUAAUAUCUCAAUUUCUGCUUUGUGAUGAUGGGGCUGUGAUAGAAGAUUGU